CAACAACAACAACAAAACAAGCAGACAGAAAGAAACCAUCUCGAGAUAAAGAGAAAGCGAGAGAGAGAGGUAGAGAGAGGUAAACAGAUAGGUAGAGGUAGAGAGAGAGAGAGGGGGAGAUGAGGACUUUCCAGACCCAGAGCCAGGCGGCGCGGCGCGGAGCCUCCCGCGGCAGCGUGAGCCCCCUCAGCGCCACCGGCGCCGCCCUCACGGCGCUGCUGCUCCUCGCCGUGCCCCGCUGCAGCAGUGCUCCGGCAAAACUUCCUCGCGCCCCAACAGACCCUCAGCAGCUGCUCAGCCGGAUAGACGCCGUGUGCUCCUCCUACUUCUUUGCAGACCUCAAGUUCUGGGCCUCUGAUGUUUUAGGGGCCCUCUGUGUCUCCAUGCUGGUUCAGAAGUCAAAGGAGCUGAAAGGGCAGGAAAACAGUAAACGGGCGGACCUCCAGGGACCCGGAGGGAUCCAGAGCAGAGGGUACUUCCUCUACCGGCCAAGAAAUGGAAGACGGUCCCUAGAAUAUGAGUAGAUCCAAGAGUCUCUACACCCCCCCCCCCCCCCAGACCCCGACACCGAAGACCCGAGACCCGAGCCGCUGCACCAGGAUCCAGCGAGCCGCUGCUGUAGUGACGUCUGAAUACACAAAUAAUAAUAAUACCUAAACACUUAUUCCUCUGUCCAGGAUUUAUUGUGUCACGUGACAUGCGUGUGCGUGUGUGUUUCAUUUGCAUUAAAACUGCUACAAUGUG